AUGCAUACAUCACCCAUACUAAACCACGGACAUCUCCAUAAACCAAAGCCCGGUGAAGAACUCCAUAUCACAUUCAUAACGAAAGACGGCAAACAACUCACUUACGAAGUAGCUGAAGGCGAUAAUAUACUAGAUAUAGCCCAAGCCCAUAAUUUAGAUAUGGAAGGUGCUUGUGGUGGAUCAUGUGCUUGUUCCACGUGUCAUAUAAUUGUUGACCCCGAGUUUUAUGAUGAAAUACCUGAACCUAGUGAUGAUGAGAAUGAUAUGUUGGAUUUGGCGUUUGGAUUGACAGAAACUUCACGAUUGGGGUGCCAGGUUCAGAUGUCGAAGGAAUUAGAUGGUAUUAGAGUUGCAUUACCGGCAAUGACAAGAAAUUUACAGAAUAAGGACUUCAAUUGA